UACCCGGAAGUGGAGCCUCCGUUAGACGAGUUGGGCUCAGUACCUGAUUUUUUAGCUUUUAGUGAAGUAUAAUAUAAGUUUUCUACAUAUAAGCUGAGCGGGUUAAAGCCCAACAACGAUGCGGUCGUUGAACUUUGUUCACCGGGUCAGUUUGGACUUUACAGGAACCAUGUUUCCUCACGCCAUCUGCCUGGGCGACGCAGACAACGACUCACUGAACGAGCUAAUUGUUGGAGAUACAAGUGGAAAGCUCCUCGUUUACAAGAACGAUGAAUCCAAACCUUGGAUCACAAGAACCUGUGUGGGAAUGCUAACUUGUGUUGCAGUUGGAGAUGUCUGCAACAAGGGAAAGAAUCUUGUCGUUGCUGUGGGAGCAGAAGGAUGGUUUCACCUCUUUGAUCUGACUGCUGCCAGUUCCAGUAAAUCAGACUCCUCCAGCCAGCAUGAAUCCCUGUCUCAUGAUGAUCAAAGGCCCUUCUUCACCCAACACAUUCCUGCAAACACUAAAGUCAUCCUAAUUAGUGAUAUUGAUGGAGAUGGCCGCUGUGAGUUGGUGGUGGGAUACACAGACCGAGUAGUCAGAGCGUUCCGCUGGGAGGAGCCGUCCGACGGCUCGGAUGGAGGAUUCGGUCAGCUGGUUCUCCUAAAGAAAUGGCUCCUGGAGGGACAGGUGGACAGUCUGUCAGUGAACCCGGGUCCUGAGGGUUUACCGGAGCUCAUGGUGUCCCAGCCGGGCUGCGGAUACGCCAUCCUGCUCUGCACCUGGACCCAGCAGGACUCCACCGAGUCUGAGGAUGACGACCCCGCCACGCCCGGCAGUGAGGGACCUUCCAGAGAUGUAGUUCUCCACCUGACCAGCGGGCGGAUACACAACAAGAAUGUUUCCACUCAUCUUAUUGGCAGCAUAAGCAAAGGUUCAAAAGAGGAAUCCUCUAAACGUGGACUGUUUGCACUUUGCACGUUAGACGGAACCCUGAAGCUGAUGGACAGCUCAGAGCAGCUCUUGUGGUCGGUUCAGGUCGAUCAUCAGCUCUUUGCUCUGCAGAAACUCGAUGUCACUGGAGACGGUAGAGAGGAGGUUGUGGCCUGUGCCUGGGAUGGUCAGACCUACAUUAUUGAUCACAACAGGACCGUGGUGCGCUUCCAGUUUGACGAGAACGUCAAUGCUUUCUGUGCAGGUCAGUACACGUGUAAGGAUGGUAAAAACAGCCCCUGUCUGGUCUACGUCAGUUUCAACCAGAAAAUCUACAUCUACUGGAACGUGGAGCUGGACAGGAUGGAGUCCACCAACCUGUUGCGAGUUCUUGAGGAGAGACCUGAAUUUAAAAGCCAGCUAAAGGCUCUUGGAGUCGAUCCGGAAGAUUCGGCUGCAGUCAGAGAUCUGGUGGCAAAUGUUCUCUACCAGGAUGCACAGACGUAGCAUAGCGACACAUUUUCUCUGUAUUCCCUUCCUCAAUGUAAAAAAUAUUGUAAUAAAGAGUGUUUCUCUUGCUGUUGCUCUUGUUUCAUGUGGGACACCUGCAGCAGGACCAGUCAAGCUGCUGCUGGUUGUAAUCUCAGACCUCCACAUUGCUGCUGUCAUUGGUAUUCUGUCUGCCCAGGUUGUUUCCUAACUAGACGGGGGCGGCGAGGGGAUAAAAGCGUGAGGCACAUUGCAGGAGAAACGCUUCCCUGUUCAGCCUGAUGUUUUUACUAAAGUGAGGGAGAUCAGCGAAGCCAUUAUGCUGCAUUUAAAUCAGCCCUGACAAGCUAGUGAAAAACAGGGUCCCUCCUCCUUUUCAUCCUCUACAGAAUGUUCUUUUAUCUGGUGAAGUCUUGCAAAUACAUAAAGACCCACAGAUAUUACAUCACAGCAUAUGUUAUGUAAUAAAGGAGGCAGCAAGACGGCGGUGUUGUUUUGUAGACGAGCAGCAGUGGAGGCUUCGCUGAUUGGAAGGGCUGGGGGAAUCACCCACUGUUCCUCUGGAGAGGAUCCUAUAACCACCUAUGUUGGCUGCCUCUAUCCUAUGAAAAAUAAAUGAGAUGUUCUGGUUUAAAUGAGGGAAGGUUCAGGUGUGCUGGGAGUCCACAGCCUCUCAUCUGUCCCGUAGG